UCUCAACUCCCUAUCCUUUCGUUUUCGUUGAUGGAACUUCGCGCGCGUUCCGACUCCUUUCGGUGUCCUUCACCCGCUAUCUCACACCAUGGCCGCGCUCCGGGACGGCUUCUCGAUGUAUUUUCUAGCGGUGGUCUUCCUACUACUCGGUCUUACGCACUCCCAGGUCGAGGAGUUCCCGUCGGCCGACAACUUCCGCAGGAGGUCCUUCCACUCGGCCACCGUCUUGGGUGACAACCUUUAUAUAUUGGGCGGCGGUGCAUCCCAGAUGUCGCCCCGUUUCUCGAUACCCCCGAGCAACAAGACCCUCGUGAUCCCACUGAACGAAGAUUGGAAUGCUCAAACCGUCAACAGCAAAGUUCAAAUGAUCGACAACCAGAAGGGUUUUAACAUCAUACGGCCCGCGCUGUGGCCAAACGGCCAGGAGAACAGGAUUUACUCUUGGGGCGGAGGGGUUAGGGAGACCUACCCCUUGGCCAACGAGACUCUAACCAAUCCAACACUGCGCGUCUUCGAGAAAGCCAGCCCUGAUGGCCUGUAUGGGACUUGGAGUAGCGACCGGACCCUGCCCGGAGAUUCCAAGAUAAAGUUCACGCAGGAAGGCAGCUGGACCAGCUGCAACGGGCUAGGGUUCGUGUUCGGCGGGCUGACAAUGUUGAACGAUGGUUCGAGGUGGAGAGGGACGGCCUCGCCGGGGCUCGUCAUAUACAACAUGACGUCGCAAACCUGGAGGAAUGAAAGCCAGGUAGCCAAAAAGGUUGGGCGAGGCCCUAACGCAGGAAACCACGCGCGUGGUAACGCCGUGUGCCUCCCGGAGAUGGGCACCCAGGGCAAGGGCAUCGUUGUCUUCAUCGGUGGAGGCCGGCCGGACAAUUCAGACGCCCGAGAUAUCGAGCCGGUCCCCAUGGACACGGUGUACUUUUAUGACAUUGGCAGCAACGACCUGUACUCGCAAAAGACCACGAGCGAGAUCUCGACGCCCGUGGCACGGCAGUACGCCUGCGCCGUCGCCGCGAAGUCUUCGAGCACCCCGUCGUACGAGAUCUUCUUCUUCGGCGGCGAUGGCGAGAAGCCCGCGACCACACACGUUCUCACCAUUCCGGGGUUCAGGUGGUUCAACGCCGGGAACACGGGCGCCGACAACCCCCAAACUCGCAGCAACCACGCCUGUGUCGUCGGAGGGAAGAGGCAGAUGAUCUCUGUGGGCGGGACCCAGGUCGUUGGCGGUGGUGAGCAGUGGGUGGGAAAGGAUCCAUGGGUGAACGGGAUAAAGGUGUUUGACAUGGUAGAUCUGAAAUGGAGAAACGACUACAAAUCGGGCGCGCCCGACUACGAGUCUCCGGCCAUGAUCAAGAAAUGGUACAACGAAGGAAACGUCGCGGAGUGGGACAGCGAUGCCGUGAAGAAUCUCUUCACGGUGGCAGAAGCUACGCCCCCAAGCCCCCCGGGCCCCAACGUCGGCGCCAUCGCCGGAGGCGUCGCGGCCGGCUGGAUCGUGCUCACCGCGCUCGUGGACGGGCUGGUGUUCUGGUGCAACCAGCGUAGGCGCGGGCGCGCGGGCGAGGCCGCCAGGCUUCGGGACGACCAGGCCGAGGAGGGGGCGCGAUGGGACUGCGACUCCUCGGCGACGCUGGUGAACGCCGGCCCCCCGGCCGAGGUCUACACCAUGCCCACCGAGCUGCACAACGGCGUCGACCUUCCGCACGAGCUCCCUGCCAACCCACCAGGCAAGGGCCACUAUUAGGAGGGGUAACGGCUCGUUUCUUUAUUUCUUUCGUGGUCCCAGGAUUUGGGUACAACGGAGUGGCAGGCCAUCAAAUAGGGAUUAGAUUUAGACUAUCAAUCAAGUGGCUUUUGGCUUUCGUUGCAUGCCGAGGGAAC